CCACAUACAGCUACAGAAGUCGGGGCUACUUUGUCGUACCAUAAUAAAGGGGCAGUUGAUUGGAUUCUUGCUUGCCCCCCAUCCUUGCAGCAAACACUGGAGCAAUGUGAGUAGGGAGAAGCUCAAACCAAACUUAGCUGAGCCAUCCCCGCCUCGCCCACUCUGAUUGGCUGCCGAGCUCUUACUGCCAACUGUCACCGGACAUCUGCCUCUUGCGACUGGCUGCUGCGUCUGUCUGCAAAGCCCACUGCGACCGCCUCCCCUUCUCCCGGAGAGCGAGUUAGGCUGCGCUUUCAGCAAAGCCCAUUCUGGACAGCUCCGUCUCCCUGAGCAGAAGACGCCAGAGGAGUAGAGGGGUCGGACAUGGCGAGGAGCAGCGGCAGCGACAGGAAUCGGUGAUCGGCACAUCCACCCCCCCAGCCCCCGGCCCCCCGACCCGCACUCAGCACUCACCCUCACAGCCACUCACCCUCACAGCCACUCACCCUCACAGCCACUCACCCUGACACCCACUCACCCUGACACCCACUCACCCUGACAGCCACUCACCCCCCUGUCAAACACCCAGAGGCCUUAUACCCCCCUGCCCCCCAUCCCCUAGGACCCCCGUACCCUAUGGACUGAAUGAAGACUGCCUACAACGCCUUUAGAUGCCUAACCAAAGAGCUGGAUGCCUGCGCCAUGAAUCCGGAGAUGACAAUGGACAGUCUGGCCAGUUUGCACGGUGGGACGAGCCAUGAGCAGGAUCUGAUCAGUAGCCACAGCCCUCACCAUCACCGGAGGCUCCACCAGGACCUGACCCCUCCAUCCUCCCGCUCGGCCAUGGUCUCCAGCAUGGCUUCCAUCCUGGACGGGGCUGGGGAGUACCGGCCUGAGCUGUCUAUCCCCCUCCAUCACGCCCUGAGUAUGCCCUGCGACUCGUCGCCCCCCGGGAUGGGCAUGAGCAGCACCUACACCACCUUAACGCCACUCCAGCCUCUCCCACCCAUCUCUACCGUGUCCGAGAAAUUCCAUCACCCCCAUCAUCACCCUCACCAUCACCAUCACCACCACCAGCGCCUGUCUGCCAAUGUCAGCGGGAGCUUCACCCUCAUGAGGGACGAGAGGGGCAUCCCGGCCAUGAACAACCUGUACAGCCCCUACAAGGACAUGGGGAUGGGUCAGAGCUUGUCCCCCCUGGCGGGGACCCCCCUGGGCAACGGCUUGGGAUCCAUCCACAACACCCAACAAAGCCUCCAUAACUAUGGACCUCCUGUUCAUGACAAAAUGCUCAGCCCAAACUUUGAUGCCCACACCGCCAUGCUGGCAAGGGGGGAUCAGCACCUCUCCAGGGGCCUUGGCACCCCACCUUCCGCCAUGAUGUCCCACCUGAGCGGGAUGCACCACCCUAGUCACCCAGGUCAUGCCCAGACCCAUGGGCCAGUGUUAGCCUCCAGCCGGGACAGGCCGCCCUCCUCCUCUGGCUCCCAGAUGAACAGCUCUGGGCAACUAGAAGAAAUCAACACCAAAGAAGUUGCCCAGAGGAUCACAGCCGAGCUGAAGCGCUACAGCAUCCCGCAGGCCAUCUUUGCCCAAAGGGUCCUGUGCCGCUCCCAGGGGACCCUCUCCGACCUGCUAAGGAACCCCAAACCUUGGAGUAAACUCAAAUCUGGCAGGGAGACCUUCAGGAGGAUGUGGAAAUGGCUGCAAGAACCCGAGUUCCAAAGAAUGUCAGCUCUUCGGCUUGCAGCAUGCAAACGCAAGGAACAAGAACCGAACAAAGACCGAAACAACACCCAAAAGAAGUCCCGUCUAGUGUUCACGGAUCUCCAACGCCGAACGCUGUUUGCCAUCUUUAAAGAGAACAAGCGCCCGUCCAAAGAAAUGCAGAUCACCAUCUCCCAGCAGUUGGGCUUGGAACUCAACACCGUCAGCAACUUCUUCAUGAACGCCAGGAGGCGAAGCCUAGAGAAAUGGCAGGACGAUCUCAGUACAGGGGGAAGCUCUUCAAACUCCAGCACUUGUACCAAAGCAUGAGGGGUAAAGGCUUCUAAAUGGGGCACGACUCAACCGUAACCAAAAAGAGAAGACCGGAUUUAUAGAAAUAUCAUUUUGUUUUUUUGGUGGUUGUGGGGCUAUUCACUGGUGAAAGUUAUACAUUAAUCUUGCUUUUAUGUUGCUGUGCUGCCAAACGCACACUCUACCUGCUGUUGGGAGCCACAUACAUUGUGAGGCUCCUGUAGCAGAACAGCAAUAUCAAUGCCUCGGUGUCAGUGGGUCACCCAAGACCUCAUUGCAUUCUCCCACCAAUAAGAGGCAUCUGUCAACCAAACAGGUUAAAGAGGGGUAUCUGUGUUUUGCCCCAUUCAGAAUCCAUAGCACAAGAAACCAAAGAUCCAAUCAACCACAACCUCCUAACACAGUGGUUUCCCCUCCUAGCACAAAUCCUCAACCCUGGUGGUUCCAAAGAACAGCUCUAUUUUUGUUGCUUCUGAAAGGCGUCAUCUAGUUUCUCAGUAUAUUUUACAGUCUUUAUAUUAUUUUUUACCGAAUAACUACACUUAGAUGCCUCUUGGAGACCGUUUUGUGAUGUAAAAGUACAGUCUGAAGCACAAAAUAUAAUAUAUAAAGAUACAAAUAGAUAUAUGCCACAACUUGAAUCCAGUCACAUUCCAUACGUUUGUAUAUAUAAUGUUUGCGCUCAGGAGGUCACUGUAUGGGUAUCAGAAACACAUUGGGUAGGUCCAUGUUCUCUAUGGAUCUAUUGUGUCAGAUAAGUCAAUAAUGAAGGUUGUUGCCUUAUUCACUCGACCAUGAAAAGGUGUUGAAUCUGGCAAAUGACCAAAGGAUCGAUUUACUGAUCUAUGGGAACAUCUGGUCAUGUUUUAAUAAAUCAAAGCCAAUAUUUUCCAUUUUAAAUACACCGAUAUUUGUCUAUACUGGGGACGUCGUUGAGCCUCGUUCCCAAACCGUACAGCACACCAAAGAACAAAAGUAUAACCAAAGAAUGUAGAACGCCAUGUUUUACAAACCAAUAAGCGUGUUUGCUUCAACACCUGGAUAGUUUACUACCGUUUAUAAAUAUAUAUAUAUAUGUGAAGAAUAUUUAUGAUAUUUAAUUUUUUUGCUAGGAAGCUAAUACUUAACAUGGUCACACUGCGAUCCAACAUGGCCGCUGUUCUUCCAACAUUGUUUGUGGUUGGUUUCUGUUUUUGUUCACCAGUGAAUGGCCCCCCCGUAGUAUAUCUGGGUCUGUGUUCCAAGCCAAAGGCUAUAAUAACUCUUUAAAGACAUUCAAGACUUUUUUUUUAUGUACCACUUAAUUGAAACCAAAGAAACUUUUUCUGCACCUACUUCUUCUGCAACAAACUGUUCCAUUGAGAAAAGGAAGCACGUCAGGAAAAAACUACUAACACACUGUGUUUGGACAAACGUCUUAGGAAGCAGAUCUCGAGGAAACAAAAACAAAAAAAAAGGGUUGGAUAGGGUGAAAAGGCAAAGCGAAUACUGAAGGAUGCUGUUGCUGCUUCAUUUGACAACUCACUUAGUUCUCUUAAAGUUGAAGAUUGUCUUUAAUUUGUGCCUAUGCAGUUUAUUUUUUUCAAAGAAAACAAAGGGACAGAGCAACCAAAACCUCAAUAGCUACAGUACCAAAGAAGAGGAUUCUCAAUAGCUUUCGUUUUUCACCUCAUACAUGCUUCUUGCACGGCUAAGCACCUACAGUGCCACCAUCAGGUUUUUUAUUUAAAGCUAAUUGUUAUGGAAGUAAGAAAAUUGCCCUUUUUUCACCCAAUGCAUAUUCCCACAUAAAGCGAUAGGAUUUAACUGGCUCCAGACACAAGGUGUUGGGAUACAAAAACAAUUGUGUGCUGAAUUUCGUGUUUUGGAUUUGGGUCAAUGUACAAAAAAAAUGGGAAGCGUUGAAUGGAACUAAUUCCUAAGCAAAAUUUUCCCUUUCAAAAGAAGUAAAAAAAAAUCUGGCAAAAAUUGCUGUGGAUUUUUUCUACUCACUUUUUCCUAUAAUCAGUUUUUAUACAUAAAACAUUUAGAAUGUUUGCUUAAGAAUUAGUUCCACUCAUUGUUUUCCCCAAAGGCUUAGCAAUUCAACAAAGAAAAAUCACUUAAGCUUAGUGAUGAGCGAAUCAGUCCCAUUCCGGUUUGCCCAAAAAUUUACAAAACAACAGAAAAAUUUGCGAAACGCACUUGUCGUGCAACUUUUUUGUCGAGCACUACUUUUUUUGACACAACCGCACCCAUUUUGCAGCAAAUUAGCCCAAUUUUUGCGCAAACGCACCUAUUUUGAUGUGACCGCAACUUUUCUUGACGCGCAAAUUUUUGCGAAAUGUGGAAAUUCGCUCAUCACUACUUGAGAUUUUAUUGUUGCAUUUUUCAAAUUUUGCUGAUAUUUUAUUUCUAAGAAUAGAGGCAGAUUUACAAAUUUUCAAAUUUGAGGUUUUUUGCAAUUUUUUUUAGCAUAGUUAGAAAAAAAACUCAAGUUGAUUGCAACAAAAAUAACUUAUUUUGACUGGUUGGAAAAAAAAACUAAAAAAAAAUAAAAUAGCUGUAAUGUCUAGGUUUUAAUUGUUAGAUUUUGCCAUUUACAUUUUUUUUGGUAGAGAAAGAAAAAUUCAAGUUCAUAAAACUCAAAUUUGAAAAUAUUUGAGAUUGUUUUUUGGAGAGAUUUUUAUAAAUCUCAGGAAAAAAAGGCAAUCUCAGGUUUGAAUAAAUCUGCCCCUAAGUGUUUGUUCCAACUUUGGGUUUCACAAAUCCUGGAAUAACUAUUGACAACUAUGAGUUAAUAACUAAGGGAAGAGCAAUAAUAUAUCAAGCAUUUUGUGGUCCAAGGCUAGAAUUAGAUAUCGGGAGCCACCAUUGAGGGCAUAGGCUCUGACACACCAUCUUUUUGGAAAUAGGACAAUUAUUCUAGACUAGAGAUUCUCCAAUUAGUGUUUUAUUUUGGCAAUAAAUUUACUUCUGUUUUGGGGGAUUCAGAAAUACACUCCAGCUGGAUAUAUAAUUGAAUAUUUAGAAUAAGAGAAUUCCAUUUUAUUAUAAAUGGAAAGUCUUGUCGAGCGGUGCCUGUUGGGGUGACUUCUCCCGUCACCAUUACAGACAACGUUGACAAGUCGCUUUGAAGAAUCCAUUGUACCAUUAUUGUAGAGCUGAGCUGUUUUUCAUUCUGGAAACAUUUGUGAGAAGCACAAGAGUUCCCCUCGGCACCUUCCCCAGUUGCAUAAACAUCCAGUUUCUGGAAGGUUUGACGGCUCCAAGCUGGAGAACAUCCAUUUAUAGCACGGAAUUGGGAAAUGGUUGCAAAUACUGCCCGUAAAGCAAUACUUAGUAUCCCAACAUCUUCUGUUUUCACGGGGAGUCUACAUCAUGGGCACAUCCUAGAUAAAUUCAACUUUCAAGAAACUAUGUACAUUAAUUCAACCCCUUGAGUGCCAAAAAGUUGCACCUUUCUGGCACCCAAGAGGCCGAUCAUCAGUGGAAGAACAAAGAAUGUGUUAAUAACUUCGGUUGAAUAGCUUUAUUCUCAAUCUAUUUUUACCUAAAGCUCAAUCCAAAGAAAAAGACAAAACCAGCACAAGCAAAGCCUGCAUAUGUGAUAGUCACCUCCUGCGACCAAUAGGAACUAGGCAGGGGUGGCCUCUAUGGCAUAAAAAAAAAAAUGUGCUGUUUGCUUGUUACUAUGUUUUUGUUAUCAUUGUUAUUCAUGUUUUAUUGGCUGUCUUGACUAAUAUUUAUUUAUUAAUUAACAGAAUCUAAUAUAAUAAUAAUUUAAUGUAAAACCACUCGCUAUUUUGAAAGCUUUAAACCCCUCCCUUUUUGCCCUAUUUCAUUCGGUUUAAAUCCAAAGUAUAAUUAACUUAUUAAUUCUUUUUUUUUUUCCCGAUUAUUUAACGUAAUUUUGUGCUUGAAUUUGUUAUUGAUUUACUUAUUUAUCAAGGUUAAAGGCUUACGGCAUCAGAGAUGCUCUUUUGUUAGACUCUGUAUCUUUGCUUUACAAAGCAGCCAAAUUCUGUUACAUAUGUGAGAAAAAAAUGCAGGUUACAAAAAAAAACAAAACAAAAAAACAACACUUUUCAAAAAAUGUAUUUAAUUUUUCAAUGGUACUUUUUUUUUUAUAAGCCGUAAUUAAGUUAUUUAAGUUUAUUUCCGACGGAGACGCAUCCAAUCAUUUUGCCAUUUUAUGUCACGGUGCAACUUUAUUUAUUUAAUUUAUUGGGCAUCCACUGGAACAGUGCGUUGUAUAGUUUAUAUUUUUUAUUUAAAUCAACCAAAGCACUAUGAUUUUUUUUUCGUUCGUUCGUUUUGGUUUUUUUCGUUUUUUUUUUUUGGCUGAUCAGAACAACAGAGCGACGUUUGUGGACAAGCAUUCAUCUUGACUCUGGAGUUGUACAUUCGGAAUACAAAUACCAUUUACACUACUGUUAUUGCUCACCAAAGAUUUUUUUGCUGGAAACUUUUGUGGCUUCUAAUACGAGCUUGGGGGAAUACAAAAAAAAAAAAGCAAAAAGGAAAAAAAAACCCAAAAGACAUUCCAAACCAAAAAAAAAAAAGAAGAGAGAGCGAAAGGAAAAAUAACCCUUAAAACUAGCUGCUUCCAAGAACGAACUAUGUGUGUAAUGGAAAAAAAAAAAAA